AGACGACUGUCGCGGCGGCGGUCUCGGCGGCGAUACGCGCUGCCACGCCGCCUGGCACGGCUCCCCAGCCGCCAAGGCCUUGGGCGACGCCGAUUCGGCCAACGGCGGCGAUCCUGGACGGCGAGGUGGUGGCCAGGGCGCCCUCGCCCCCUCCAGGAAGCUGGUCAAGGCCGGCAGCGAAGCUUCGUUCAGGGGAGGAGGUCUCCGAGGGCGGCGACGGCAGCAUCGGCAUUGAGGAGCUCGAAGCCGCCAUCGGAGUGGGUGGGCGCCAUGCCGAAGAGCGCCUCGCCCGCGGUGUGGUUCGAGGAGGACCAGAAGAAAGAGAAGAAGGAGAAGAAGGAGAAGAAGGAGAAGAAGCACAGGAGGCGGUCGCCCUCGGCCGUGGAAGUGGAUUAAGCAAGGCGGUGCAUUUUGAGUUGGCUGAUGGCGACGGCGAAUACUGGUUCGACGGCGACGGUGACGGCGCGUUGUUCGACUGGUACGACGGCAAGAAGAAGUACAAGGGCAAGGGGUUGGCGGCGGUGCCGCCUUUCCCGACCUUGGAGGGCACGCUCAGCCAUCGCGCAGGUGAGCUGGGUCAUCACGGGGGCGUGUCGAAUCGUCGUGGUGGUGAGCUGGUCCAACGUGGAGGCGAGCUGGGUCAGCAUGCAGGUGAGCCGGGUCAUCACGGCGGUGAGCUGGAUCAUCGUGGAGGUGAGCUGGUCCAAUGUGGAGGCGAGCUGGGUCAUCGUGCAGGUGAGCGGGGCCAUCACGCUGGUGUGCUGGAUCCUCGUGGAGGACUGGUCCAACGUGGAGGUGAGCUGGGUCAUCGUGCAGGUGAGCGAGGUCAUCACGCAGGUGAGAAGGAUCCUCGUGGAGGUGAACUGGUCCAACGUGGAGGCGGGCUGGGUCAUCGUGCAGGAGAGCUGGGUCUUCACAGAGGUGAGCUGGACCAUCAUGGAGGUGAGCUGGUCCAACGUCGAGGUGCGCUGGGUCAUCGUGCAGGUGAGCUGGAUCAUCGUGGAGGUGAGCUGGGCCGUAUGGCCGUGGCCUCCCCUAGCCCCUCCGCCCUCACCUCCCCGUGGCGCUUCGGCUCGGCGCCCCCGAGGCGCCACAUCGCGGGGGAGGCAGAGGAGGAGUCGGGAGGUCAGGGCGGGGAGGGUCACGGCGGUGCGGCUGUCGUGGAGUGCGCGGAGGUCCCGCAGCAGGAGUUGGCGUCGGAUUUCCCGAUCCCGCCCCUCGUGAGGGCGCAGAACGUGGAGGUCUUCAUCAAGACGGAGCAGGUGGCAGCUGCUCGGAGGUUGGCUUCGGACGUGGUCACGGCCACAGCCGUCAAGAAGGGCCAGUUCGAGCCUGGUGAGCGGGAUCAUCGUGGAGGUGAACUGGUUCAUCAAGGAGGCGAGCGGGGCCAUCGUGCAGGUGAGCUGGGUCUUCACGGCGAUGAACUGGAUCAUCGUGGAGGUGAGCUGGUCCAAUGUGGAGGCGAGCUGGGUCAUCGUGCAGGUGAGCGGGGCCAUCACGCUGGUGUGCUGGAUCCUCGUGGAGGACUGGUCCAAUGUGGAGGCGAGGUGGGACAUCGUGCAGAUGAUCGUGGAGGUGAGCUGGUCCAACGUGGAGGUAAGCUGGAACAGAUGGGCGACAACAGAGUACGAAGCGCGCCCGAAGUUUUGGCAGACCUCUUGGAUACGAUCGCGGACAACAGCGACGAUCAAGAGUUCGUGGGCAAGUUGACGGUGGAGGUCACUUCCUGGAUCAAGACGUGCGCGAAGCUCGGCGUCGACCUCGGAGACCUCAAGGAGAAGUUCGAGGGUCUGGACGUGGUGCAGUACGCGGCUUCUUCAGGCGGUGGGGGCCCGCAAUUCCCCUAGCAUCGGCGGCUUCGCUGUGCUGUCGCUCCACCUGAGACGGUGGGGGUCCGUGGUUCCCCCAAGAACACGCCCAGCUUGGAGAGCUGAGCAGGCAGCUUGCUGCGCGGAGGCCCGUGCCCUCCUGCGAGCAGGUUCGCUAUGCCAACGUGCUCCGGGGAGGCGUUUCCGGAGCACGUUGGACGUUCCCCCUCCCCUCCCCCGCGCACGCUCUGUGCUUGGCCAAAAGGUCCAAAAGGUCC